UAUGACCUGGUCUGUGGCGGGGCCGAGCGAGCAGAACUAUCACAGACCUUGUUAAUAGUUGGCCAAAUGGUCGGUGCCGCCAUUUUGCCUCAGUGUUCGGAUAGGUUCGGGAGGAAACCUAUUCUUGUCUGCUCUAAUAUCGCCUUACUCGUAGCAGGAUUAGGUGGAUGUUUCCUGCCAACUUUUACUGGAUUCGCAAUAAUGAGGUUUAUCAUUGGAAUCUUCCAACAAGGACUCGCUAUGGUAAUGCCUGCCAUGAUGCUGGAACUAUUUCCAGCGGAAGUACGAUAUAUGGUAGAAGUUGCUUCGUUGACUACAUGGACCUCAUCCAUGGUCGUGGUGACACCUGUAGCUUACUUUCUCAAAGAUGUCUCCUGGCGUUAUCUGUACCUCGUUCUCACGCUCACCUCUGCAUUCAGUAUCUUUGGAUAUUGGAUAUACAACGAAUCCGUCCGAUGGCUUCUUGCAAAUGGAAAAACCGAAGAGGCAAAGAAGAUCCUACGAAAGGCUGCGAAGAUGAAUAAUGUCGACGAAAAACAAAUUAUGGACAUUGUGGAUAAGGUUAUAGCAGUCGAAUUGAAUGCGAAAGAAGGCGAUGAUAUCGAUGAGAAAACCAACAUGAUGCCGGAGGAACCAAUCAACGACAAGAGAACGAAGAACAAAUUACCGAAAUACACCAUAUUUACGUUGUUUAAAAAACGGCGAAUAGCAAUGGUAACAACAAUAAUGAUAAUCGUUUGGACGGUGGACAGCCUGACUUACUAUGGACUGAUCCUGUCUUCAGCUUCUCUGCCUGUCAACAGAUAUCUCAGCUUCUUUUUACUAACCAUCGCCGAGUAUCCUGUCGUGUUGUUCGAAUUUACACUGAUGAAUCG